AUGUGCAGCAGGUGCAAUCUCUCCGGACCACACAGCCUCACAACAAGAUGGCUGAGCCAGGGGAGAUGGGGGUACUAAGGAGCUGCUUUAUCUAUCUCAUUCCAGAGCUAUCACCUGGUGGGAGGGGAGUUUCUGGACUUCACUGGAGGAGGAGGAGGAGGAGGAGGAACCCCUCCGAUGAUCCCACGCCACGGCCCGCCACCCUCCGCAGUGUAGACCGGGGAGCGCAGGUGUCUCUCGUGGAUCUCUCUCUCUCUCGGAGCAGCGAUCGCCAUGGAGACUUGAGGCGAGGUUAUAAAGCGGCUCUGGGGAGUCGCCGACUCGAGUCGCCACCGGGCGCCGAGCCACUGGGACCAGGCCAUGCUGAAGCCGCGGGAUCUGGGCCCGGGGGCGUCCACGCGGACUUUCCUGGAGGCGAUGAGCGCGGGGCGGCUGCACCUGGCGCGCUUCGUGCUAGACGCGCUGGACGGCUCCAUCGUGGACUGCCGGGCGGAGCGGGGCCGCACGCCGCUCAUGUACGCCGCGCUGCUCAAGGACCCGGCGUGGCGCCUGGCCUUCGCGCGGCUGCUGCUGGAGCGCCGCGCCGCCGUCAACCUGCGCGACGACGCCGGGCGCAGCGCCCUGAGCCUGGCCUGCGAGCGCGGCCACCUGGAGGUCACCCAGCUGCUCGUGCAGUACGGCGCCGACCCGGACGCGGUGGACGCGCGAGGCUGGAGCCCGCUCAUGUACGCGGCGUCUGCGGGCCGGACGGCCGUGGUCGAGUGGCUGCUGCGCGUCUUCCGCCGCCUCGGCCAGCUGUGCUUGGAGCGCGCCGACCGCGCAGGGCGCACCGCGCUGCAGCUGGCCGCCAGCGGGGGCCACGGCCAGUGCGUGCGGGCGCUGCGAGCCGCCGGCGCCUUGAUCCUCAACCUCCCGGAGCCGUCGCCGCCAGCUCGCAGUGACCACCCGGCUAGUGCUGACGAUCCGAUCCCCUCUCCCUCCUUCCACGUGGACGGCGGGCGAGGGCGCUGGCGGGAGGAGGAGGAGGAGAAGCAGCCCGCGCAGGAGCGGCUCCAGCGGGACGCGGCUCCCGCCGCCAGGGCCGGCUGCGACGCGGGAAGAGGGGGGACCACGUUGAGGGGCCGCCCGCUGAUCCGCAGGUCCACGGCUCCCGACUGCCAGAGCCUGCUGGGCGGGGCCGGCUGAAAUCCACGCUCUUCCCAGAGAAGGCGCCGCCGCCGCAGCGCAUCUCUCGGCUCGUCCUCCUCACCUGCUGUGCCUGGUCCAGUCCCCCUUCGCCUCUCCGGCUGCUUCCGUAUCCUUUUGUGGAAUUUCGUGGGCGCUCGGCCUCUCUUUGCCGCCUUCGUCUGUGUGACCAUGAUCUCCCCAGACUUUGGCAGUUGCAUCUUUCCUCGCAGGCGGAUUAGGAGCCCCAGCCGAGGUCCUCCUCUUGAAGACUGUAUGCUAUUCAGUGGCAUCGGGGAAAUGCAGUCGUAGGUGUAUUUGUUUCUACAUUGAGGAAAUGGAGAUGAGGGAGAGAGUGCUAUGAUUGUGUGUUUGUGUCAUAGGAUUGUAGGUCCAGCCGAAUAUAAGCUCUUCUCUAGAUCAUUUCAGAAAGAGACGCAAGGACACAAGCCUCUCCCUUUGAAAUCAGUGGACAUUUCGUUGAGUCAUGCUUAUUAUCAUAUAAACAUUAAGCAAAGUCCAUUGAUUGGUCCAAAGAAUUGUAGAUAGAGCUCCCCUUGGCCAUCUCAACAAUAAUCUUGUCUGUAUUUUGCUUGGCAGUCCUUGCAAAAUGGAAGUAGAAAAUCCCCCCAAGUUGGGGAACCAUCAGAGCAAGAUGUAUCACCUGCUGUACUCACAUAUUGUAAGCCCUUGAAUGAAAAAGUUUACCUCUGGUGUAUCAUCACUAUAUGAUAUAUAAGGAAAAGCUAAAAUAGAAAUGAGUAUGAAGUGAUAUGAGCAUCAUUAGCAACUUUGUCCCUUCCUGUGAAAAAAAGAAUGUCCCUUGUGUAAGGGCAUCUUUGCAAAAUGAAUUUUGCAUCUUCAGAGAAUGCAAUUUUUUCAUUUAAUAUAUGCAAAUUUUCCAUAGGCAUCAGUCAUUCUGAUAAAGAAACAAGAGAGUCUAUAUAGUGUCUAGACUGGUACAUAUUCAGAGCUGUGUAUUUUGAUUCUUAGAAGGUGCUGCAGGGACCUGUGUCAGUCCGUUGACCUAAGUGGAAUCAUCUGUGUAAACAGACUUUGAAUUGUACAUACAGACAAGGUAUAACAUUGAUCUUUAAUGUGUAACUCCUAGGAAAAUGAGUUAGGUCUAGGAAAUUAGUUUCUGUGGCUAACAUUCUGACUAACAAAGCACUAGUGCAAGGGAGAAGUUCUAGUGUCGCAUUGGUACUAGUGUGAAGAAUUCCAGACUAAUGCAUCACCGGUGUCUGUGUGUAAGUGUAAUUGAAAUUUGUCCCCACCACUGAGCCAACAGUAUACCUGAGUUAGUUGAACUUCUCAGAAGCAUGGUGCUUCUCUUGCUGCACUGGUGCUUCAUUAUUCAAGAUGUCAGCCACUGUUUUCAGUGGAAUAUUUUUUGACGCAAAUAUAGAUCCAGAUACAAGACUGCUCUCAGAAUGAGACAUAAUGUGACAGACUCUUCCAGUGGCUAUCAUUUACAUAUUGCACCCCAUGCUGGUGAGUAGGAAUUCGAUUUCUCAGUUGUAUCACUGUUUGGGGGAUCCCCCCCCCGCCACUUAUUUUUCAGGUUUUGUGCAAUUACUUACCUUACCAUGUUUAUGAACCCAGAAAUGUCUGGAGAAGGCCAGACUAGGUGUUGUGUGGGAGAUAUCUAUUCCAGUCACCUGACAUUUUAUUUGGUGUAAUUAAAAAUAGCUGCAAGGAGGAAAUGAGAAGGGACAGGUAGAUCCCCCCACACCCCCACAUGACUAAUAGCAGCUUGGAAGGGGUGACUUAAAUCUUCCCAUGCUCUAUCCCGGAUUUAAGUCAUCCCUUCCAAGCAGCUAUUAGUCAUGGGUGGUGGUGGGGGGACUACCUGUCUCUUCACAAUAAUUAUCCAUUGUGGAGGAUUUAUGCCAGGGAAAGGCACAAAUUGGGGGGACUAAACACUCCUAAAAGUGCACUCUGGGUCCAAUCCCCAUCCCACCCCACACACGCACACAGAGGCGUAUCUAGGGAAAAUAGCGCCUAGGGCAAGCACUGAACUUGCUCCCCCUGUCCAAACAUCUGACACCCAUCUUUCAGAUAAUUUUACCAUAAUAUCACCUGAAAAAUACAAGUCAAGCUCGUUCAUCUUUUACUAUUUCAAAAACUAUUUAGCAGUGGACGUAGCCAGACCAAAAUAUGCUGGAAAACGACAAAUUUCAGUAUGCUGGGGCUCAGGAAAUACCCAUAUACUAUGUGGAGGUGUGCUUGGAAAACUAAACAGAAGUGCCUGUGCUAUUACAUAAGUUUUAAAAAUAAAUGGAGAAUUUGACUUUUCCCAGAUACUCUGAAAAUAAUUAAAGGAUAGCCAGAGUAAACUGUGUCACUGCUUGGAAUAUAUUCUAGUAUUUCUUGCUCUCUUUCUCUCAUUUUAACUGUCUUUCUGAAACUCCCAGUGAGCCUUAAUACAAGGAUUUCACACUGAUUCAGACAAACUCACCAUUCCCCCUCCCCUUGCUGGCUUCUUAAUUCACCGCCACAGCUCAUGCCGGGCUGAUUUUCAGGCCUAUUCGGGCCUGCAAAGAUUGGCGUGGUGGCCAUUUUGGAGGCUGCAACGCAUGCUCAAAUGGCCUCUGUGAGGCCUGGCGAGGCCUAGGGCCUUGCAGGGACCAUUUGAGCACGUGUGGUGGCUAUUUUAAAAUAUAUAUAUAUAUAUUUAAAAUGGCCGCUGAAAACAAAAUGGCCACCACAAUGCUCAAAUGGCCUCUGCGAGGCCUGGCAUGGCCUAGGGCCUCACAGAGGCCAUUUGAGCAUCCGUGGUGGCCAUUUUGUUUUUGGCGGCCAUUUAAAAAAAAUUUUUAAUAUUAAGAAAUGGCACCCCCCUUCAAGUAGCGCCCGGGGCACGUGCCCUGCCUGCCCCACCCUAGAUACGCCCCUGCACGCACACUCUCUCCCAUUGCUGCAUUUAACCAAUUAAAAAGACACUGGGAGAUCUGAUUACAGAUCUCUCAUGUCAUAUCUAGUUUUACUCUGAAAUAUACAAAGCUAAGUAAGAAAGCAGCUCAGGAAAGAGCAACUCCUAGCCUUUUUCCCCCUGGGAAGAUGUUAGAGGGCUGUGUGUGUUAAAAUCCAAAAUUCCUAUUACAGUUCUGAAAAUAUUAGUUUUUAAUUAGGAAAUUCUAGUCCUCCUGCUUUCAGAAUUAAAUCUGAGAACAUGAAGGCAGUGUCUUUGAAAAGCACAUUUAGAAAAAUUCCCAUUAGCUAGCAUUAUGAAUGGACCAAGUGCUUGAUAAUUUUAUAUAUAUUUUCCCUUACAGCAUCUUUGGAAAUUAGAUUAGUAUAGAUGGGGAUCUGAGGCUGUGUUAGUGGAAACUGGAUUAGUCCAUGGCCAGUGAUAUAAGUGCAAAUUCAGAAGUGCAGGCGCUUUCCAUGACAGGCCCAAUGGCCAUGCCCAUGCAACAGCCACAGAAGCCGAGAAGUACUGGCGUUCUGACCCUGCUCAUCCCCUCUCCACUACACCCUUGUCCAUGGCCGAACAGUGCUUGAUCCAAAAUUGUGCUUGAUCCAACAGUGCUUGAUCCACAAAAUCCAAAAUUUCAUCACUUUAGUUUUGGGAAGCAUUGGCUGACUAGUUAGCAUUGGGGUUUUGAGACACACAUUAUGGUGCUUUGUUCUAAUCUAGGCCAUAAAGAGGUGCACUGCAAAAAUAUGUUAUAAAGCAAUCAUGCAGUGUCAGAACCACCAUCUGCCAUAAUGGUCUCACAUAUUCACAUUCAUUGUUGUAAUUUCUCCUGUUGUAAUUUGGACUUGCAUUGUCAACAGAUAAGUUCAGAAACUGUCAUUCAAAUGUGAUUAAUUCUGUUCUUUCUUGGCUUCCCAACACCAUUCUCUACAACAUGCAAUAAAAACAGAUUGCAUCUUGUGCCUUUCUUA